AUGAACAACCAAGACCUAAUUAAUAAUUUAAUGCCUUUAUCAGAUCAAUGGCCUGCUAUGAUAGCCGCCCUCCAGCAAGCCCAAUCCUUGGACUCCGAGAAUGCGGCCUUGAGGAAAGAGAAGAGGAAGCUUGAGAUUGAGUUGGCCCAGCAACGUUGGACCACGUAUUCAGCAGACUUGUCCUUCGAUAUGCAGCUUUUUACGCCUCAUCAGAGAUAUGUUACUCCUGAGGAUACCAGGCGCUUGCACCGAGAAGCCGCCAGCUACGUGUGCCGGGUCCCUAGAUGGGACGUAAUUCUGGAGAAAAUCCACCAUUACCCGGGCUUGACGGAGCAAUGGUUGUGCAUGGAGCGAAUGGUCUCUAUACCGGUCGGAGAGGGGCACGAUUGGGGAUGCGCGGAAGAAUGCGUGGGCAAGAGCUGUAUGCUGUUUAUGGCUACGGACAAGCUGGAGGACGGGCCCAACCCGGCGAUGGUACUCAAGUACAAGGGAGACUGA